AUGAGGAUACUGGUGAAAGUUCUGCUUGUGAUGGCCGCGUGUCUGCCAUUUUGUUGUGCGUCUUCAGUUCGCGACUCGACUCUUUAUCUUGAAGUAUGGAGAAGCGUCUGGCGGUUCGCUGAUGAAUCCUACACCAACGGGAUAUAUGUUAACAGAUUUUACCACUGCGUCGGGACUCCAAUUACGAGUAAUGUAAUCCUUACCAGCGCUAAAUGCAUCUCACGCUUCUACUUAUCGAAGAACAAACCCGACAUUUACCUUUAUGGAGGCUACAACCAAACAGAGACAAUGAUCGACAGAACUUCGCCGUUCUUCGUCCACUUCAUGGUAAACGAAAUUCAGUCUCUCAAAGAAUACAGCCCUAUGGUUUUCGAAGUCCGUCAGGUUUUCCGUCCGGAAGUCUCCGAUGUCUUUGACUCCAAGACGGAUAUCGCUUACCUGGUCCUCAAAGACCCGAUUUACCUGGACAAAGGCCUUGAAUUCGUAAAACUGGUUGACAAUGAUCGCAAUAGAGUUUACAAUAACUGCACCAUGGUGUCCGCCAACCGGAGCAAUACUAAGCGCUCGAUUAAUCUUACCUGCAAUUUUACAUCUAACGACAACUCCGAUCAUUUGCGUUGCCAUCCUGUUAACAAUCCUCAUGACUUACGCGUGUUUUUCGACCCAGGCAGCCCAAUCUUUUGCGAAGAAAAUAAUUCUACUGGUUUUGUACAAGUCGGAUUUGUGGCUAAAUAUCCUUAUUUGUUUCCUCAGUAUGCUUUCACUAAUCCGAUGAGACUCCAACCUGUUAAAAAAAUUCAUUGA